GGAAAUGGAUGGUUGCCACAAAUUGUUCCUAUAAGUCAGAUUGCAGGUUCUCACUUCUACCAAAAAAAAUUUAACAGGAGCAAAUGGGGAAACCACAUGUUUUUGUUAUCCCAUAUCCAGCACAAGGCCAUGUCAUUCCUCUCAUGGAACUCUCCCAAAACUUGGUCGAACAAGGCAUCAAAAUCAGCUUUCUUAACACAGAGUUCAAUCACAAGAGAGUGGUCGGUGCAUGCGCCAAGAAUGUCGCUGAAAGCGGCUUACUUCGUCUAGUUUCGGUACCUGAUGGACUGGAAGACGGGGAAGACAGGAACCGGAUAGGGAAGUUGAACGAAAGACUAUGCGAGGUUAUGCCUGGACAGUUGAAGGAGUUCAUUCAUAAGGUUAAUGCAUCGAAUGAUGAUAAGAUUUCGUGUGUUAUAGCCGAUUUAUGCAUUGGGUUCGCGGUCGAUGUCGCGGCAGAGCUGGGGAUUCCGACCGUGGGAUUUUGGACCGCCUCGGUGUUUCAGCUAGUGUUGCUUCUUAGUAUCCCAAAGCAUAUCGAUGACGGAUUGAUUGAUGAAAAUGGCACUCCACUUCAAGACAAGAUGUUUCAGUUGUCACCAACGACGCCUGCUGUACACACAACGAAUUUCGUAUGGCUUAACUUGGAUGACUCUCCUUCAGCACAAAAAAUUAUGUUUGAUUUCUUAAGGGAAAACAACAAAUCUGUUGAAACAGCCGGUUUGGUACUUUGCAACUCAUGCUUGGAACUGGAGCCUGAAGGGUUCAACAUGGUUCCCAAAGUCCAACCUAUAGGUCCACUUCCAGCAUCCAAUCGGCUCGGAAACUUGUCAGGGAAUUUCUGGCCUGAGGAUCCAACUUGUUUGCAGUGGCUCGACCGACAAUCGCCCGGUUCAGUCAUAUACGUUGCAUUCGGUAGUUUCACAGUUUUAGACGAAAUCCAGUUCCAAGAGUUGGCUUUGGGGCUUGAGCUCACCAACAGGCCAUUCCUUUGGGUCGUGAGAGAAGACACUACAAAGGGAAAAAACCAUGGAGUUCCACCACAAGGAAAGAUGGUAAGUUGGGCACCACAAGGAGCAGUUUUAGGACAUUCUUCGAUUGCUUGCUUUAUAAGUCACUGCGGGUGGAAUUCCUCCAUGGAAGGUAUCAGCAAUGGAGUUCCCUUCUUGUGUUGGCCUUACUUUGCAGACCAGUUCCUGAACGAGAGCUACAUUUGUGAUGUUUGGAAGGUUGGAUUGAGAUUCAAAAGGGACGAAAGAGGGAUUAUCGGAAAAGAAGAGAUUAAAAGCAAGGUGGAACAAUUGGUUGGUGAUGAUAAUCUCAGAACAAGAGGUGUUGAACUGAAGCAAGGGGUUGCCAAAAGUGUUGGUGAAGGUGGAAAUUGUGAUAAGAUAUUCAAGGAUUUUGUUGAGUGGUUGAAAUCAUAGCAUAUAUUUGUCUUUUCUCUAUUAUGUGCGUUAUAUUGUUUGAU